AUAAAAUUUUGUACAGAAAUUUAAAUGAGAUCAGAAACAAACAUAAACUUUUUUGCCAUAUAACCUUUGCUUCUAUUAUCUAUGUUUAUUCAUAUUUUUGCUUGAAUAAUAAUUUUCAAGAAACAAGUGGUAUCAUUAUCAGACCAAAGGGCUUGUUAGUUGUUACUUCCACCCCAAGAAACUACAGACACUGGAAUCUUCUUGAUUGUGUUCUUUAAUUAUAAAGCGUUAUGUAUUAUGCAACUCUUGUUCUACAAUUAAAAGCCACAGCAAGUCCUUUAUUAUAAGUUGAUACUCUUGACAUACCUGGAGGAAGGCCUAUGCAUUGUCCCCUUCUCCAAGCAACGCUGCAUAUGCCUUCUUGAUAUGAUUUCAUAUUUUAUCAUCUUAAUAUGAAUUUUAUAUGUUCACAUAUCAAUUAAAAAUAAUAAAUGAAUGUGCAGGAGGUGAUGGCAGCAGCACGGUUCAUGCAUAUAUUCGCUCUCAAAACCACUCUGUACUUCCAGCUCAUGUCAUUAAACUCAUUACCACUAGAUUUUUAUACAAACAUAUAGAAACAAAAGUGUGCAGUGUAGGAGGCAGACAAUAUCUGAAACAAUUUCCAAAAUAUUAAGUUUAUAUUUUACCAAAAAAAAAUAUUAAGUUUAAAUUGUACACAUGAAUGUAUUGACGUUAAUAUCAUAUGCUUCAAUGAGCUGGAGGGAGACAUUGCAGAAACAUCAUUGAACCAUCUUUAUUAAGAUUCCAAAUGUCUCCCUUCUCUAAAGGUGUAUAUAUAUGUACUCACCAGAGAGCCAAUGAACACAUAACAAACAUCUUACAUCUCUCUAAACCUUCUCUGAAUCUGAAUAACAAGAAACCAAAGCUAAACCAGAAGAAAUGGCACUUUCUUUUCAUGUUCGUUCUAACAGCUUCCCUUCAAGACAACACCCUCAAGCCGCUCAUGUCGAUGAGCAAUUGAACCGGUUGAGAUCUUCAGAGACAGCUUCUUCAUCUUCAAGCUCUUCUAUCCGCCAAAGACUUAGCAACCUUCAAGAUUUACAUGAUUCUCUUGACAAGAUGCUUCGCUUGUCCAUCACUCAACAAACUUUAUCUCAAGAACAAGUUGAGAUGAUUCUUGAUGGAUCUGUCAAGAUCUUGGAUUUAUGCAACGUUUCCAAAGACGGUUUAUCACAAAUGAAAGAGAGUCUCAAGGAGAUCCAAUCUAUUUUAAGAAGAAAGCGUGGAGAUCUAUCGGCUGAGAUCAAGAAAUACUUAGCUUCUAGAAAGUUUAUCAAGAAAUCAUUCCAGAAAGUACUCAAGAAUUUGAAAACUGGCCAAAACAAAAACAAAGAGUCUUUGGCUGUGUUUAGAGAAGCAGAAGCUGUAACAGUUACUUUGUUUGAAUCUAUGUUUAGCUUCAUUUCCGGACCAAAGUCUUGUGGCAAAUGGUCACUGGUCUCAAAGAUGAUGAGCCAGAACAAAGUUGCAUGUGAAGCCAAUGAAUUCACAAGAGUGGACUUGGAGUUCCAAUCAGAGAAGUCUUUGAAGAUCGAAGAUGUGCAGAACUUAGAUUCAUGCAUUCAAGAUCUUGAAGAUGGAAUCGAGUCACUCUCUAAAUCAUUGAUCAAAUAGAGAGUCUCAGUUCUUAACAUCUAAUAGGCCAU